AUGGACGACAAAGAUGUAUUCGCGGCUAUGGGCAUCGCAGAAUUUGGGAAGGCGACGAAGAAGCGCCAGCUCGACCCCAACAGGUUCGAAAAGAACAAACGGUCGGAGGAGGUAGCUUCCUCGUCGACAGCGGAGGUGAAUACCGGAGUGUCACUGCCUUCGUCGUCUAAACAGUCUGCACUAAAACCGACGGCGCAUCCUGGGUCGGAUUCUGACGAGCCUGGACCCUCGCUUCCGCCGACACGACAAGAGGAGGAUGAAGACGGAGACAAGGACGACGACGAAGAGCCGGAGUUCGACCCCUCAGAUCCUGAGUAUGACGACGAAGACAGUCAACUACCUCAAUUUCCAAUCACCCAUGAAAUUGUCAUGAAGGAUCAUACUAAAGUUAUCUCAGCAUUAGCCCUCGAUCCGUCUGGCGCACGAGUUCUUUCCGGCUCGCAUGAUUACGACUGUAAACUAUGGGACUUUGGUGGUAUGGACUACCGGUGUAAACCAUUCAAGACCUGGGAACCGUCUGGGACGUAUCACAUUCAUGACGUUAAGUACUCGAUAGACGGGCAAAGGUUCUUGGUAGUGUCGGGAACGACUCAGGCCAAAUUGUAUGACCGAGACGGAGAAGAGGAGGCCACUUUCAUCAAAGGUGACAUGUAUAUUCGCGAUAUGAAGCACACUGCCGGCCAUGUUUUCGAGCUGUCUUCUUGCGCAUGGCACCCGAAGAAUCCUGAGACGUUCAUCACUGGUGCUGCCGACUCCACUAUUCGCAUUUGGGAAGUCGAGAACAAACGGAAGCAGAAAUCGGUGAUUGUAGUCAAGUCAAAGGAACGAGGAGCCAGAACCAAAGUCACGUCUUGUGCGUACUCUCCGGAUGGUAAUAUCAUCAGCGGAGCUUGCGUGGACGGAGCGCUCCACAUGUGGCAAGCGAAUUCCAAUUUUGUUCGACCAAACAUGACCAUAGAAGGCGCACAUACGAAGGGCACUGAAACAGGUUCCGUUGUGUUCUCUGUUGACGGAAGAACCGUUCUUACCAGAGGCGGAGAUGACACGGUCAAAAUUUGGGAUCUGAGGGCGUUCAAAAAGCCUUUGGCUGUACGAUCUGAUGUUGGGACUCUGUAUCCCAACACCAAUGCUAUGUUUAGCCCAGAUGAUAAGUACGUUAUCACCGGCGCUGCUGCGACUACGAAAGGUGGGAAGGGACGUUUGUUGUUCAUGGAGAAGGACACGUUGGAUGUCGUAAAGACGCUGGACGUCGAUUCUACGCCCGUUAAGGUCUUUUGGCACAGUAAGAUCAAUCAGAUUGUCACUGGCCUCUCGAGCGGUCAAAUAUGUGUGCUAUACUCACCACAAACCUCACUUAACGGAGCGAAGUUGCUACUCAGCAAAGGGCCGCCGAGGAAGGUUACAAUUGAAGACAUGUCGGACGCCCUCGCUGCGCCCACCAUCAUCACGCCUCACGCACUUCCGAUGUUCCGCGAUGGUGAUGGAAUAGCGCGUGGAAGUAAGAGAAAAAGAGAAAAGGACAGAUUGGACCCGAGGAAGAGCAGACGGCCAGAACUCCCUGUGACCGGACCAGGGAGAGGUGGCAGGGUGGGAGCGAGUGCUACCCAGCAUGUCGUUCAAAAUCUGGUCAGAGACACGACGCGAGACGAAGAUCCCCGCGAGGCGCUGCUCAAGUAUGCGAAUGCUGCAGAGCAGGAUCCGCAAUGGACAGGCGCCUGGCGAGCAAACCAACCCAAGCCCGUUUUCGCAGAAGUGCCUCAGGAAGAGGACGAUGAAGAGAAGUAA